UAAUCACGUGGUUGUAUUUUCUUCCGGGUUAGAACUCUUCGCCUUGUCUAGCAUGUGUUUAGCCCUCAAAUCCUAAGGUUUGUGUUUGUUUAGCUAAGAUUAUUGUUUUAAAUAACAUUGAAAUGAGUUCUCAGAAAGGAAAUAUAUCUCGAUCGCGACCCCAGAAGCAUAAAAAUGUCACCGCCUUCAAAAACGACAAGUAUGGUGCAACUGUCCAAGUGAAGAAGGCAAUUGCUAAAGUCCAUGAUGGCCUUUGUCAACAUUGUAAAGGUGUUCUGGAGUGGAAAGUCAAAUACAGCAAAUAUAAGCCACUGACACAGCCCAAAAAAUGUGUCAAAUGUUCUCAAAAGACGGUUAAAGAUGCAUAUCACAUUGUCUGUAAGCCCUGUUCACUUCAGCUGGAGAUCUGCUGCAAAUGCGGGAAGAAGGAGGAGAUCGUUAUUCCGGUAAACUCACACCUGGAAACAACAGACCAAGAAGAUGAUGAUCAGAAAACCAGAAAAUGCAGACGAGGAAGGAAAGACGAAGAUGAUUCUAACAGCGAUGAUGAUGAUUAUAACGAUGCUGACAGCUUAGACGACGAUAACGAUGAAGAUUUGGACUGCAGCUCAGAAUCAGAAGUGACAAAGAACAAAUCUUUUGUGCUCCCAGAUGUGAAUCUGCUUGAUAUUAAAGAUUAAGGAUCCAAUUCAAAACACGUUUGAUUUCGAAAUACUUUUCAAGAAUCUAUUCAAUAACUAAAACAUAUCUGCUUGUCGUUAUGUCUUUGAAAUGAAAUGCUUUUAAAAUGUGUCUUAUUUGUAACUGUCUUGUCCUUUUGAGGGAUUUUUAAAAAUUAUUUUAAUCUCUUAACCUUAGAGGCAAUGGUGCCUCUAGGGAGAAGUCAGGACACUUCAAUUCAAUCCCCUCCUUGACAAAUAAUCCUUAUUUUAAAAUAAAAUGUCUCUAAGAAGGA